UAGAUAAAGUUAAUCAAAGGAUUAAUGAGUCAAUUGGUCAAAUUAUUUUCUUUGUUUUUUUUAAUUAAUUAAUUGUUUCUAAUUCUCUUGUCAAUUGUUUUAAUUGUAAUUCAUUCUCAUGUCGCAAUCAAGUGAGAAGAACAAUCCGUUGUUCGCGAGUCUUAAAAAGAAUCGAUCGGUAAUUCAGUCUGCCAUUGAUGAUUGGAUUGAAAGCUAUCGACAGGAUAGAGAUGUUGGUAUUUUAGAGUUGUUACAGUUUUUUGUUCUCUCGUCGGGUUGUUCAAGUAAAAUUAGUUGUGAGAUGAGAGAGACUCUUGAUUUUACUAAAAUUGUUAGAAAAUUGGUUGAAGAAUUUGAUGAUCAAGCUGGUGGAGAUUAUCCAAUCAUUACUGCUGGUGUUCAAUGGAAAAAAUUUCGAUCCAAUUUUUGUGAAUUUAUUCAUAUUCUUAUUCGACAAUGUCAACAUAGUAUAAUCUAUGAUCAAUAUUUUAUGGAGAAUAUGAUUUCAUUCUUGAUUACAUUAUCUGAUUCUCAAGUUCGUGCUUUUCGCCAUACAGCAACUUUAGCAGCAGUUACACUUAUGACUUCCCUUGUUGAUGUUGCUCUUACUUUGAGUAUUAACAUUGAUAAUAAUCAGCGUCAAUAUGAUAAGGCUCGUUCAGAAAAGUCGAGAGGAGAUAAAUUAAAUGUUCUAAGUGCCAAGCGAACAGAACUGGAUGAGAAUAUGAAAGAUAUAAAAACAAUCCUUGGAUAUUUGUUUAAAUCAAUUUUUGUCCACCGAUACAAAGAUGUUGUCCCAGAGAUUCGUUCACUUUGUAUGAAUGAAAUCGGUAUUUGGAUGAAAAAAUUUCCAAACUAUUUUCUUGAUGAUCCACAUUUAAAGUAUGUUGGUUGGACCAUUUAUGACAAAGAAAGUGAAGUUCGUCUAAGAUGUUUACAAGCACUUCUUCCUCUUUAUGAAACGGAAGAAAUUCUCCAAAGGAUGGAACUUUUUACCAACAAAUAUAAAGAUAGAUUCAUUUCCAUGACCAUGGAUAAAGAUAGUGAAGUAGCCGUUCACGCGAUUAAAUUGAUGCUCAAAAUUCUUAAACAUUAUGGUGACAUUUUAUCAAAUGUAGACUGUGAAAAAAUCUACAUGUUAAUUUUCACAACACAUCGAAAUGUUGCUCAAGCUGCUGGUGAAUUUCUGAUUACAAAACUAUUCAAGAUUGAUGGUGAAAUGGAUGAUAAUUUAUGCUCUCGAAGAGGCAAAAAACUUUCCCCUUACACAUCACAAUUAAAAGAUUUGAUCUCUUUCUUCAUUGAGUGUGACACUCAUGAACAUUGUGCUUAUCUGGUUGACAGUUUAAUCGAUAGUCACCCAAUGAUUAAAGAUUGGGAAUGUAUGACGGAUCUUCUUCUAGAGGAAUCAAAUUCACCAGAAGACAAUCUUGGAGAGAAACAAGAAUCUGUACUAAUUGACUUGAUGUCUUGUGCUGUUAAACAAAUAUCCACUGGUGAACCUCCUAUUGAUCGUAAUAUUAGAAGAUCAAAAAUUUCGGCUAAAGAUUUGGCUAAUUUAAAUGAAGAGAAGGAGAAAAUUUCUCUACACUUUUCUUCCGUUAUUCCUGAUCUUUUGAGAAAAUACAAAACGGACACACAAAAAGUCAUCGAUCUACUGGAAAUACCGUUACAUUUUCUCAAAAAUACUUAUUCACAAAAUUCUGACGAUAUGGAAAACCUAUUGACCGUUAUCUCUGAACUAAUCGAGAUUCAUUCGGAGACCGAAGUUAUCGAAAGUUGUGCUCGUAUCUAUGAAUUUAUGCAAGACGAAAAUUUUACUCACUAUCGAUUGGUUCGAGUUGAAGUGAGCACACUUUUGGAUAAACUGUUACAAAAGUAUAAGGAAUCACUUACUGGCCUUUGCGAAGGAUCUGAUGAUAAAUUGGAGACAAUUAGUUUUGUGACAAAGAAAAUUGCACCAAUCGUUUCGUGUUGUCAUCAAAUGGAUACUAUUGAAAUUUGGAAUAUUUUCUUUGAAAAUUGGAUCAAAGAUUUUCAACCAUCAGAUGAAUCCAAUAAGUUCGCAGACGAAGCAACAAACGCUUUCACUAUUUGUUUCUAUAUUCUAAUUUGGAGAGUUCAUUUCGCCACCAAUAAUGAUAAUCACGAUUUAGAUUUAAAACUAGAAAAGUUUAAGUUGGUUGAAUUUAUCAAUGAAGCUUUUACUUUGUUGGACCAAUGUAAUCAACAGUUGGCUGAAGAGAUCUACUUCAUUCUAUGUGAUGUCUUUAUCAUUUUCAGUCCUCAUCUAGCUCAUGAUUCACCUCAAUUAUCUGAUCUCAUUUGUCAACCCAAUAAAUCACAAACGGAAAGACUGAUCGCUUUCAUAGAAUCAAAUGUUUUCAUACUAGAUGAUCAAAGUACAGAUGAACCAGAAGUUCAGGAUUCAGUUGAGAAACUUUACAAUAAAAGGCAUUUGUUGGCCGCUUUUUGUAAACUAAUCAUUUACAAUGUUGUUCCAAUGAGAUAUAGUAACUGUAUUCUUCGGCAUUAUGUUGAUUUUUUCAAUGAUUUUGGUGACAUAAUCAAAACAACUCUUGGCAAAUUACGAGAAAUGAAUAAGGUUAUUUGUGCUAAAACUAUGGCCAGCACUUUAAUCCAAAUGUUCAAAGAAAUACAAAGUGAAUCAGAUGAGAAUCCAAGUGCUUUUACCAAACAAAAUGAAGACUUUUUGGCUCUCAAAGAAUUGGCUAAAAGAUUUGCUCUAUCAUUUGGUUUGGACAAUCAAAAGAACCGAGAUGCAAUUGCGUCUUUACAUCGAGAUGGAAUUCACUUUAGUUUUGAAGAGAUGGAUAAUCCGAUUGAUCCUUUGGGUCCUCCACCGAAUUUACCUUUCCUUGAGAUUCUGGUUGAAUUUUCAAAUAAAAUCUUUAAACAAGAUAAAAAGACGGUCUUAACUUAUUUGGAAAAAUGUGUCAAAAAUGCUGGUGUUGAUUUCGAUGAAUGGCAACCAUUGGUUCUUUAUCGGAAUAGUUUAUCUCAAGUUAACGAAUUUGACAUUUCCCUCAAUCGAUCUAAAAGAGUCACAAGAAAACGAGCCCUCAACGCGGACGAUGAUGAAUCCAUGUACGAAACACCAGUCAAAAGAGUUCGAAAACGCUACGUUUCAUUCAGUGUUUCAAACAUCGAAGAUUCAACAACAUCAAUGGAUUAAAACGGGUGAGACAAAACAAUUAUUCACCAAUCAAAGUUUUUCUUUCAUUUUAUUCAAUUAUAUCUUUCAUACCAAUUCCUUCAAUUAUAAAUCAACCAAUUUCUUUCAAUUUAUUUGCUAAUCAAAAUUCAAUUUUAAACAAACAAAUAUGUGUAAUCACAAAUUAAAUUGAAAACUGUUAAUCAAUUAAACCAUAUUCAAUAUGAAUAAAAGCUUAAACUCCGGUUAAUUGCGACGAAAAAAACUCA